CUUUAGAGCGCGCCCUUUGCAGGCCAGCUUCCGCUUCCGCUCGGGCUGAGAGGAAACAGGAGCGGCCGGGGUUGCUGUCGGAGGGCCCGUUCGGCGCGACUCCAGGAAAAUGUCAGCUGCUGACGAGUUUUCGCUGGCGGAUGCCCUCCCCGACAACUCCCCUGCCAAGAACGCCGCCUUGGGCACCACGAAACCCGUUCAGCAGCCCGGCCAGCCCCCGCAAGCCUGGCCUGCCUCCAACCCCUGGAGUAACCCCCCGAGCGCUCCCCCCACAGCCCCUUCCGGAUUGCCCCCGAGCACAUCUGCCUCCACUGUGCCGUUUGGGCCCCCGCCAACAGGAAUGUACCCUUCCCUGCCCCCUGGGGCUCCUGCUCCUUUCCCUCCUCCUCCUCCUGGGUCCGCGUGCCCUCCUCCCGGGGCUCCGUAUCCACCUCCGGGGCCCCUCCCACCAGGGCAGUAUCCCCCUCCCAACAUGCCCUUCCCAGAACUUCCAAGGCCGUAUGGUGGUCCGGCAGAGCCCGCAGCUCCCCCUGCCGCUGUUGGACCGUGGGGGUCCAUGCCCGCUGGAGGGUGGGGCCCUACCGUGGGGGGUCAGUACCCCGCUCCUAGUAUACCAUAUCCGCCCCCAGGGCCAUAUUCCACUCCUUCCCAGACACCCGGAGCCGCUGCCACAGUGCCGUGGGGGGCAGUACCGCCUGGACCGUGGGGACCUUCGCCACCAGCCCCCUUUCCACCACCCACCGGCUCCUACCCGGCUCCUGGACUGUACCCAACGCCUCCCAAUCCUUACCAAGUGCCACCUGCGCCAGCUGGGGCUCCGUCCAUGCCUGGUGGACCUCACCCCUACCGUUGAACUGGAGGCGGGGAAGCAGAGUCCUUCGGCUCCACCCACACCCACUAUUUACGGACAUUUUAAAAGAAACUUUUAUUUGGUAAUCUUUUUUGGAGUCUCAGAAGAACGUGCCCGCCUCCUGCGUGGCGAAGGGCCGCUCCGCGUCAGCCGAA